GCACUGGCCUUCACUCCCUCCUUUCCACCUGCAUCUGCUCUUUCCCCAACUCCAGUCAAACCGCCAUCCCUCGACCCGUAAACAUGCCCGUCCCCACAGAGGUCGCCAGGAUCACCGCUCAAAGCGUUUCCAAGCUCACUCCCAUCGAGUCAUCUAAGCGCGCAGCAGCCUACAUCGCCGUCGAUAGGCAUGUCAAGCCAGAACACAAGAUAAUAGGCAUCGGCUCGGGUUCCACCGUCCCCUACGUCGUCGAGCGCAUCGUGCAGCAGGGCGCGGAGCUCAACAAGGGCCGCAUAUUCAUUCCCUCCGGCUUCCAGUCCAAGGAGCUCAUCGUGAGCAACAAGCUCAACCUCGGCGACGUCGACCUCUACCCGACCAUCGACGUCACCAUCGACGGCGCAGACGAGGUGGACAACGAGCUGAACUGCAUCAAGGGCGGUGGAGCAUGUCAUCUCCGCGAGAAGUGCAUCGCCGAAGCGGCCAAGACGUUCAUCCUCGUCGCCGACUACCGCAAGAACGUUGAGUUCCUUGGUACCAACUUCACCCCUGGAGUGCCCGUCGAAGUCGUCCCCUUCGCAUACGCCAAGGUCCUCCAGAACCUGCAGCACGUCCUCGGCUCACCAACCGCCACGCUCCGCAUGGCCAAGGCCAAAGCCGGACCCGUCGUCACGGACAACGGUAACUUCGUCAUCGACGCGCCCUUCUCGCGAGACGUUUUCCGUGACCCGUUCACCAUCAUGGCGCGGAUAAAGAUGCUCACGGGCGUCGUCGAGGUCGGCCUCUUCUGCCGCAUGGCCAUCUGCUCUUACUUCGGCAACGAGGACGGGAGCGUGAGCGUGAAGGAGCAGGUCGGGCCCGUGGAGGACCACCGGAUCGAGAUGUCGCAUAUCCCCGCGUCCGAGCUUGACAUAUAGCCUGGUCGUCUUUAGAGUUUCGCUGAAUCUCGUGGUGGCUAUCUGUUCGUGCGUCUUGAUGUAGACGUUUUGGAUGAUUGUAUAAUGUGUGUAUUGUUACUAGUUUAAUCAUAGAUCUCCUGCUAUCGUGUCUUGAUUUGAACUUGUU